AUGCUUAUUACAAUUCGAAGGUGUCUUACUAAUGAUCAAAAAGUUGUUAUGACAUCUCUGCAGUUAUAUAAAUAUUUACUACGGCAGUGUGAAAAGCUACCCCCUGACGCUUGUAAACAUUACAAGUUUUCAGUGAAACAGAGUUAUAAGCAACAUAAAAUUGAAUCGGACGCCCAGAGAGUUAAAGAUAUAAUCGCUAAGAGUAUAGAAGAUUCUGAAUGGAUUGUGAAUAAGUAUACUAAAAAAUAA